GUCACAUCCGCUCACCAAUUCGGACUCGGGAACCCGCGCGAUGAAGAGUGCGUUUGUGACUGUGGGGACCACCAGCUUCGACGACCUCAUUGCGUGUGUGGCCGCUGAAGACAGCCUGCGGAUCCUCAAGAGUCUCGGUUACAACCGACUUGUCCUCCAAAUUGGUAGAGGCACAGUGGUCCCUGAACCAUUCAGUACUGAGUCAUUCACUCUGGAUGUUUACAGGUAUAAGGAUUCUUUGAAAGAAGACCUUCAGCAAGCAGACCUUGUCAUCAGCCACGCAGGUGCAGGAAGCUGUUUGGAGAGUUUGGAAAAAGGCAAGCCACUUGUGGUAGUUGUAAAUGAAAAGUUAAUGAACAAUCAUCAAUUGGAGUUGGCAAAGCAGUUGCACAAAGAAGGACAUCUCUUCUAUUGUACCUGCAGGGUCCUGUCUUGUCCUGCCAGUCAGCCUCUUGCUUCUGCUUCUGGGAAGUGCCAAGAUUCUGCAGCCCUGCCUCAACUGCCUUCUGCCUAGACCUUGAGCUGUUUGGGAUACCUGCCUACACAAGCUCCAGUACUUGCCGCCACUGCCUGUUCCUCCCUGCAUUCUGUGUUUUCUUCUUUUUCACCCCUCUGUUCCUUUCUCCUCACCCCGUGCACAAUGCAUAAAGGAUGGAAAAAGUACUGCGGCCAGAAGUCUUUGAAUGAGGCAUCAAUGGAUGAAUAUUUAGGCAGUUUAGGGCUGUUUCGAAAGGUGAUUGCCAAGGAUGCCUCUUGCCUUUUUCGGGCUAUUUCCGAGCAGUUGUUUUACAGCCAGAUCCAUCAUUUGCACAUCAGGAGAGUUUGUGUCUCAUAUAUGAAGGAACAUCAACAAGCUUUUGAGUCUUAUGUGGAAGGAUCUUUCGAGAAAUAUCUGGAACGGUUGGGGGAUCCCAAAGAGAGUGCUGGCCAACUGGAACUAAGAGCUCUUUCUCUAAUUUAUAAUCGAGAUUUCAUUCUUUAUCGAUAUCCUGGAAAGCCGCCAACACAUGUCACAGAUAAUGGCUUUGAAGACAAGAUUCUUCUCUGUUACUCAAAUAAUGGCCAUUAUGAUUGUGUGUACUCAAAAGAAUUUCAAUCAACUGCAGGAAUUUGCCAAGCUAUAUUAUAUGAAAUUCUUUAUAAAGAUGUAUUUGUUGUGGAUGAAGAAACAUUGAAAACUGCAGUUAGUUUGUUUCGAAGUGGUUCCAGGAGAAACAGAAACAACGCUUUGACUGGAAUUGUAGAAGGCAGCACUGAUCAGAAGAGCUCAACUCAGGAUAGAAUCGAAGAGUUUGGUGCCUGCUCCAGUGUGGAAAGUGCACCAGAAGGCAGUAAGCAAGGAACAGAAGAACUAAAGUUUCCAGAAAAUCCGUCGAAGAUGCUCUUUCCUUAUAAAGUGCUGAAAGCUCUGGAUCCAGAAAUCUAUCGCAAUAUAGAAUUUGAUGCUUGGUUGGACGGUAGAAAAGAACUUCAGAAAUCAGAGUGCAUGGAGUAUGCUGGAAGACAUUACUAUUUAGGGGACAAGUGUCAGGUUUGCUUGGAGCCAGAUGGAAAAUAUUAUAAUGCUCACAUUCAAGAAAUUGAAAAUGAUAAAAACUCAGUAAUCGUUUUCAUUGAGGAAUUGGCAGAAAGGCAUACAAUUCCGCUGGCUAAUGUAAAACCAGUCAACCAAGUGGCACUUCCUUCCUGGAAUACUAUGCCAGCUCGUAAAGGAAGAGGAGGUUACCAGGCUAUACGUGGAGGCUAUUUCCCGGAAAUGGUUAUGACAGAGAUGACCAUGAAGCAACGGAAGAAGAUGUUCAAAAAAGUUCGAGGGAAAGAGGUUUAUAUGACCAUGGCUUAUAGCAGAGGAGACCCACUUGUCCCACCCAGGAUUCAGCACAGUAUGCAUUUUGGGCAUGACCCACUAUUGUACUACUCACAGACAGCUGGCCAUAUUAUGUCUAGUGAACAUUUCCACCCUCAGCAUUCAUCUCAAAGACAAGGCCGGGGAUAUGGGAUGCCCAGGGAUUCGUCUCACUUAAUAAACAGGCAAAACAUGCCAAAUCCUAAAGUUGGGUUUUACCCUGGCCCAGGUAGAAGGUGCUGCCAGAGCUAUGAUAAUGUCUCCUAUAGGUCUCGAUCUUUUAGGCGUAGCCACCGUCAGAUGCAUUGCAUGAAUAAGGAAUGCCAGUAUGGUUUUGCUCCAGAGAAUGGAGUAGAAGAAACUGUUACAUUUUAUGCACUUGAAGAAGGGAAUGAGACUGCUUAUUCAACUUUACCUAACAAUGGUGUUCCCCCUACAAUGGUUCCUGUUACUUCAGGAUACUGUGUUGCAAGUCAGGGCUAUAACUCAUGUAAACCAACCUUGAAUUCAGAAGACAGCAGUGACCAGUGUGAGCAUGGAGGAUAUGGAGAUUAUCUUUAUUCUUCAGAUCCUCUAGAACAAGGCUAUGAAACUUCAAGUGUAUAUACAACAACUGUAUCUACAGCAAACCUGUCUCUUCAGGACAGUGGACCAUGUUCUGUGCCUCAAGACACAGUUACCUCAUACAACCAUCCCCAGAAGAUGUUAGAAAAUUCUACAGCAAUUAGAGUUUCCUGGGCCAGCCAUGUUCCAGUUCCAGUCUUACCUAACUGUACAGCAGGAGAUAAUCAAACUAUUAGUACCUCUGAUGUUUCCUCACAGAAUGCCAUACAGCCUGUCUUUGUACCUCCACCUGCACAAGACAGUCAAGUCUAUCUUCAGCCUCCAGCAGCGGCAGCAGCAGCAGCGGCAGUGGCAGCACCACUACCACCGCCGCCGCCUCCACUUCCUCCUCCUCCAGCUCCUCUUGAAGCAGGAGAUGCUUCAGGCUUGUCUCUACCCCCACCACUGCCACCUUAUUCCUGUGAUCCAAGUGGAAGUGAUCUGCCCCAAGGUAGGGUAUUUGGAGAUUUGGUACAGGUUAUUUAGGUUUGAGAUCGUUUUUGAAUCUAGAACAUUUUCUGGAUGAUUGGGUGCAGAACCAAAUGAGAGUAAUUUGAGCAUAUAAUUCUAGGUG